AUGAAUCAUAAAAGCGAUUCGGAGAUAGACGAUAAAGACUAUCGCGAAAGCGAAGACGAGGAUUUCAACCCCGAUACCGUAGCACUAAAUGAUAGCGAAGGCGAUAGUGAUGACGACGAGGAUAAAAGCGAGCCCAUUCCUUCGUACGCCAGCAUCGAGGGUUCUGGGCUGGUAAAGACGCGCUCGCAGCGUCUGAAGGAGGAGCCCGAGGUGGUGAACCGCGUGAAGGGCGAGACUACGGUAGACGUGAAUGCCUUGUGGGCCGAAAUGAACACACCCACCCAGUCUGCGGGCACGCCAACCACCGACAAGCCAGAAGCUGAUCCCAAGCCUGAGCUGAAGCAAGAGUCGGUGGAGAUCACCCGGACGUUCAAGUUUGCUGGCAAAGUUACCACCGAGACCAAAACGGUUCUCAAAUCCAGUGCGGAGGGCCGCGCCUAUUUGCAAGAACAAAAAGCGGACCCAACGUCCACGCCUUCCUCAGGAUCCAACAGCUCGUCGACACCGCCACCAAAGAAGCGGCUGGGCCCCGCAAAACGAAAGCUCACGCUGCAGCAGGAAUAUGAAGCCGGCAAAGCUAAGAAAAUCAAUACCCUCCAAAAGAGUCAGCUGGACUGGCUCAAUUUUGUCGAUAAAGAGGGCAUCCAGGACGAUCUCAAGAAACACAAUAAGGACGGUUACCUUGAAAAGCAAGGAUUUUUGGCCCGAGUCGAGCAUAACGUCGACCAGGAUAUACGUAGCCACCACCAAGCUCAGAAUCAACGGCGGUUGUAA